AUGGAUGGAAAUCCAACACUGAGAAGGGGACACGGUAGUGAUCCAAACCAUCCAAGGUCUUCUUCUCACAGGCCGAGAGUUUCAGUCCACAGCUAUCAUGAACCGUAUGUUCCACAGAAUAUAGUUCGAGGACAAGAACGAGCGAGACAAAGAGAGGAUCGUGGAGCCGAUCCAACUUUGUAUGUGCUUCAAGAAGUGUUAUCCCAUAUGCAGCAACAACAGAAUCAAGCAACCAAAAAUCAUAGAGCCGAUCCACCAGAUUUCCUAAAAAGCGUUUUGAUGAUGCAAUCUCUCAAAACCAAUAGUUAUAAGGGAGAAGUAGAUACAUUUAAGGCAGAUGCAUGGUUGCAAAAUUUGGAGAAGAAUUUUGCAGCAAUCAGAUGCAUAGAGGAGUACAAGAAGGAUAUUUCUGUGUACUACUUAGAGUAG